CCCAUUGCCACCAUAAUUUCUCUUAGCAUCUGCUAGUCGCCGCAUCUCGUCCAGAGCGUCGUGUCGUGGCUUGCGUUUCUGCAGCUGAAGCGAGCCAUUACCAGCUGCUUCCAUCCCCCCAAAAUCACGUCUCUUCUGUUUCGUCACGACUCGGGUCUCCCUUCGUCAAUCUUCUCUUUUUCCCUGCCAUCUCUCCCCGAGCCACAAUGCCGUCACACGCCCUUGCCCGAGGGCCUGUCGCCGUUAAGGCGUCUGCUUCGCAGCAGACGCUUCGCCAGGCCGACGCCUCCCAGCUGAGGCCGAGCACACGCUCCUUAGCAGUCCGUGGGUUAAGCCAACCCGGAAAUUCGAGACACAGCAGGUUAAGGAGCGUUCAGAGCAUCUCUGGGAGCCGAUUGGUUAAGUUUAACUCGGUCGCCGGGAAAUUGACGCAAACUCGGAGAGUGACGUCAGCAGUGGCGACAACAGAUGCGACGACGACGACUGCAGGCGAUCGCACAGUCGAAACUACCGUCGAGAAUCUGGUGAUCAUCGGCUCGGGCCCGGCCGGGUACACCGCCGCGAUCUACGCUGCGCGGGCGAAUCUGAAGCCGGUGCUGUUCGAGGGCGUGCAGGCUGGCGGCGUUCCCGGGGGCCAGCUCAUGACCACCACCGAGGUGGAGAACUUCCCGGGAUUCCCGGAGGGGAUCACCGGCCCCGACCUCAUGAUCAGAAUGAAGCAGCAGGCGGAGCGGUGGGGCGCGGAGCUGCACACAGAGGACGUGGAGUACGUCGACCUGCAGACGCGCCCCUUCACGGUGCGCAGCAGCGACCGGGAGGUGCGCUGCCACAGCGUCAUCAUCGCCACGGGGGCCACAGCGCGCCGAUUGGGCCUCCCCAGCGAGAAAGAGUACUGGUCUAAAGGGAUUUCCGCGUGCGCGAUCUGCGACGGCGCGAGCCCGAUUUUUAAGGGGCAGGAGCUGGCGGUGGUGGGAGGUGGGGACACGGCGGUGGAAGAGGCGCUGUACUUAACUAAGUACGCUAAGCACGUGCAUCUGCUGGUGCGGCGGGACGUGCUGCGAGCCAGCAAGGCGAUGCAGGACCGGGUGUUUAAGAACCCGAACGUCACCGUGCACUUAAACACCUUGCCGGUCGACGUGGUGGGGAACGACAAGGGGCAGAUGGCGGGGCUUAACUUGAGAGACGCUGCGACUGGGGAGGAGAGGAUUCUGCCCGUGAAGGGGCUGUUUUAUGGCAUCGGGCACAAGCCGAACAGUGACCUGCUGGCGGGGCAGGUGGAGCUGGAUGGGAGUGGGUACGUGGUGGUGAAGGACAAUGCUGUGGAGACGUCGGUGCCUGGCGUGUUCGCUGCUGGCGAUCUCAAGGACCACGAGUGGAGGCAGGCCAUCACUGCAGCAGCGUCAGGGUGCAUGGCAGCGCUGUCAGUGGAGCGGUAUCUCACCUCCAACGACCUGCUCAUCGAGUUCCACCAGAAGGAGGUGGAGGUGGUGGAGAAGAAGGAGCUCACAGAGGAGGACGUGGAGGAGAGGUUCGACCCGCUGCUCACGCGGCACAAGGGGCAGUACGCCCUGCGCAAGCUCUACCACGAGUCCAACCGCCUGAUUGGCGUCAUCUACACGUCUCCUACCUGCGGCCCCUGCAGGACGCUCAAACCCAUGCUGGCUAAGGUGGUGGAGGAGUUUGACCGGCAGAUCCACUGGGUGGAGAUCGACAUCGAGGAAGACCCUGAGAUUGCUGAGGCUGCGGGAAUCAUGGGGACACCCGUAGUGCACUUUUUCAAGAACAAGGAAAAGAUCGAUGAGAUCAAGGGUGUGAAGAUGAAGAAAGUGUACCGGGAGUUUAUCGAGUCACACAAGUAAAGCAUUUCUCCCGGGAAGGAAAAAAAAACAGGUUUUGGGCAGCAGAACUACUGAGAAGAAGCAGCAAAAGCUGCUCAACACAACCCAACCCAACCCAACCCAAUCAUCCCAGUACAAGCGAACCCAACCCAACCCAUCCCAUCCUUCUUCAAACCCAUCCAGCCUAUCCCAACCCAGCUGGGAGAUCAGUGUGACAACUUUGUCGCAACCAGUUGCAUAGUAACCUGUCCAUUGCCACCUUAUUGUGUAAGCAUGUCCUCCUUGUCUGGUAGAAGGAAUGUUCAGUCAAUAAUAUGAUGUAUUCUAAAACUACUGUAAUUGCUUUGCAAUUGAUAUAUGCUACGCUG